CUCCCACGGUGGGAGGGCGGAGCCUACGGUGGCGCUGUCUGCUCCGUUAGGACCUCGGAGAGCGCCGGGCGCCGCGACCAGAGGGACUGGAGAGGCGGCCGGAGCCGGGCUGGACGGACGCCUGCGAGCCCGCCUCCCUCUGCGCCCUCAGCUUUCCGGGCUGGCAGGCGGCUAGUGGCGUCUGAGGAAGCGUUUAAAAUGAAGAAGUUUAAUUUCCGAAAAGUUUUGGAUGGCUUAACUGCCUCCUCCCCUGGCAGUGGGAGCAGCGGCAGCGGUAACAGUGGUGGUGCUGCUGGAAGUGGCUCCCUGCAUCCAGGAGGGACUGCAGGGGUCCUCAGAGAGGAGAUUCAGGAAAGCCUGACUUCAGACUAUUUCCAGAUCUGCAAGACAGUUCGACAUGGUUUUCCUUAUCAGCCCACAGCAUUAGCCUUUGAUCCAGUUCAGAAAAUCUUGGCUAUUGGAACAGGAACAGGUGCUAUACGAAUACUUGGGAGGCCUGGUGUUGAUUGUUAUUGCCAACAUGAAAGUGGUGCAGCUGUUCUACAACUCCAAUUCUUGAUCAAUGAGGGUGCUUUGGUCAGUGCAAGUUCAGAUGAUACACUUCAUUUGUGGAACCUUAGACAAAAAAGGCCAGCUAUUCUUCAUUCUCUUAAAUUUAACCGAGAACGAAUUACUUACUGUCAUCUACCUUUCCAGAGUAAAUGGCUCUAUGUUGGAACGGAAAGAGGAAAUACUCAUAUUGUAAAUAUUGAAUCUUUCAUUCUUUCUGGAUAUGUUAUCAUGUGGAACAAGGCAAUUGAACUGUCCACCAAGACUCAUCCAGGACCAGUUGUACAUUUAAGUGAUAGUCCAAGAGAUGAAGGGAAACUCCUAAUAGGAUAUGAAAAUGGUACAGUAGUCUUCUGGGAUUUGAAAUCUAAAAGAGCAGACUUGAGAGUUUAUUAUGAUGAGGCUAUUCAUUCAAUUGAUUGGCAUCAUGAGGGCAAACAGUUCAUGUGCAGCCAUUCAGAUGGUAGCUUGACCUUAUGGAACCUGAAAAGCCCAAGUCGCCCCUUCCAGACUACAAUUCCACAUGGAAAGAGUCAAAGAGAAGGAAGAAAAUCUGAAUCUUGUAAACCAAUUCUUAAAGUAGAAUAUAAAACCUGCAGAAACAGUGAACCAUUCAUAAUAUUCUCUGGUGGGCUGUCCUAUGACAAAGCUUGUAGAAGACCAAGUUUAACCAUCAUGCAUGGAAAAGCAAUUACAGUGCUUGAAAUGGAUCAUCCUAUUGUUGAAUUUCUAACUUUAUGUGAAACACCCUAUCCAAACGAAUUUCAAGAACCCUAUGCUGUAGUGGUGCUUCUGGAAAAAGAUCUCAUUGUAGUUGAUCUGACACAAAGCAAUUUUCCAAUCUUUGAAAAUCCAUAUCCCAUGGAUAUUCAUGAAUCACCAGUUACAUGCACAGCAUACUUUGCUGAUUGCCCUCCGGAUUUGAUUCUAGUACUCUAUUCUAUAGGAGUCAAGCAUAAAAAACAAGGAUACAGCACUAAGGAGUGGCCAAUCAGUGGGGGAGCUUGGAACCUUGGAGCACAAACAUAUCCAGAAAUUAUUAUUACUGGUCAUGCAGAUGGAUCAAUAAAAUUUUGGGAUGCUUCUGCAAUAACUCUACAGAUGCUGUAUAAGCUAAAAACUUCAAAAGUUUUUGAAAAGCAGAAGGUAGGAGAAGGAAAACAAACGUGUGAAAUUGUAGAGGAAGAUCCAUUUGCAAUUCAGAUGAUUUACUGGUGUCCAGAGAGCAGAAUAUUCUGUGUAUCAGGAGUCUCUGCAUAUGUCAUAAUUUAUAAAUUCAGCAGACAUGAAAUUACAACAGAAAUAGUGUCACUAGAAGUACGACUUCAAUAUGAUGUUGAAGAUAUUAUUACUCCUGAACCAGAAACCAGUCCUCCAUUUCCAGAUCUCUCAUCCCAGCUUCCUUCUUCAAGGAGUCUUUCUGGGAGCACCAACACUGUGGCUAGUGAAGGAGUAACAAAGGACAGUAUCCCAUGCCUCAAUGUUAAGACACGACCAGUACGAAUGCCUCCAGGGUACCAAGCAGAACUUGUUAUUCAGUUGGUGUGGGUAGAUGGUGAACCUCCUCAACAGAUUACUAGUCUUGCUGUAAGUUCAGCAUAUGGAAUAGUUGCAUUUGGGAACUGCAAUGGAUUGGCUGUGGUGGAUUUUAUACAGAAGACAGUACUGCUAAGCAUGGGAACCUUUGAUCUGUAUAGGUCAAGUGACUUAUACCAGCGACAACCACGGUCCCCUCGUAAGAACAAGCAGUUCAUCGCAGACAACUUUUGCAUGCGUGGCCUAUCUAACUUUUAUCCUGAUUUAACGAAACGGAUCCGUACUUCCUAUCAGAGUUUGACUGAGCUGAAUGACAGUCCUGUUCCCCUGGAACUUGAGCGCUGCAAGUCUCCCACUUCAGGACUUGCUACCAGAACUCCUGAGGCAGCACCAGGCUUUUAUAGGAAUGAAAUACCAGCUGUGAGACAGAGGAAUCAAGUACAUCACUUGCCAGUUAAAGGAUCAAGAAAGUUAAGUCUGCCAACAGAUCUUAAGGCUGAUCUUGACCAUGUAAAUGGACACUGCACAAGUCCAACUUCUCAGAGCUGCGGUUCUGGAAAACGGCUUUCUAGCGCUGAUGUUUCUAAAGUAAAUCGCUGGGGUCCUGGAAGACCACCAUUUCGAAAGGCACAGUCAGCUGCUUGCAUGGAGAUUUCUUUACCAGUUACAACAGAAGAAACCCGUGAGAAUUCCUAUAAUCGUUCCAGAAGCUCUAGUAUCUCCAGUAUUGACAAAGAUUCUAAAGAAGCCAUUACAGCACUAUAUUUCAUGGAAUCCUUUGCACGGAAAAAUGAUUCUACCAUCUCUCCUUGUCUGUUUGUUGGAACUAGUCUGGGAAUGGUGUUAAUCAUCUCCCUAAAUCUACCAUUAGCAGAUGAACAAAGGUUUACAGAGCCGGUCAUGGUACUACCAAGUGGUACAUUCCUCUCAUUAAAAGGAGCUGUGCUAACAUUCUCUUGUAUGGACCGAACUGGCGGACUAAUGCAACCACCAUAUGAAGUUUGGAGGGAUCCAAACAACAUAGAUGAAAAUGAAAAAUCUUGGAGAAGGAAACUGGUCAUGAACUCUUCCUCUGUAUCCCAAGAAAUAGGAGAUCAUCAGUAUGCAAUAAUAUGCUCGGAAAAACAAGCCAAAGUCUUCUCACUGCCUUCUCAGACUUGCCUUUAUGUUCAUAACAUCACUGAGACAUCUUUUAUACUACAGGCAAAUGUGGUGGUCAUGUGUAACAGUGCUUGCCUGACAUGCUUUUGUGCUAAUGGGCAUAUCAUGAUAAUGAGCCUACCUAGUCUUCGACCAAUGUUGGAUGUUAAUUAUUUACCACUGACAGACAUGCGGAUAGCACGGACAUUUUGUUUUAGCAAUGAAGGACAGGCAUUAUACCUUGUCUCUCCUACUGAAAUUCAGCGGUUAACCUACAGCCAAGAAAUGUGUGAUAAUCUACAGGACAUGCUAGGAGAUUUGUUUACUCCCAUAGAGACACCAGAAGCUCAAAACAGAGGCUUUCUCAAGGGACUGUUUGGUGGAAGUGGACAAACAUUUGACAGAGAAGAGCUCUUUGGGGAAGCUUCAGCAGGAAGAGCAUCCCGCAGCCUUGCCCAGCACAUUCCUGGACCAGGUGGAAUAGAAGGGGUGAAAGGCGCUGCUGGAGGAGUGAUGGGGGAGCUGACCCGUGCUCGGAUUGCACUGGAUGAGAGAGGACAAAGGCUAGGAGAGCUGGAAGAGAAAACUGCAGGCAUGAUGACCAGUGCAGAAGCAUUUUCCAAACAUGCACAUGAGUUAAUGCUGAAAUACAAAGAUAAGAAAUGGUAUCAAUUCUAACUGCUAAAGAAGCUGUGACUGCUUUGAGAAACCAUUAUUCAGGGAAACCAAAUUUAUUCCCAGCAUCACUAUUCAACUGCUAGAAGCCAGUUUCUUCUACAAAAUGUUCCAUUGCCAUUCAUCUGAAGUUAUCACAAAGGCGACUUAUCAGAGACGAUGUACAACCCAAAGGCUGGAACCCUGGUAAAAUCCCAAGAUAGAUGGAAUUUGCCUUUUCCCAUGUGAAAUGGAGCCAUCAUAUUGGCAUGUCAUUGGCUAAGGAUUUACACUUAGAAACUAUGGGGAGUCCUAUUGAUUUGGAAAUUCCUGUACAAACAAAAGCAUUAAUGCACUUAAUGAAAAAAAAAAUCUUUGCAUGAUAAAUUAACAUCUUUAAAGGAAAAGAAAAAUAAGCAUGUUGUGACAGAAGAAAAAAAGAUUUAUGGUAAACUAUUUUUGUAAAUUGGGCCACAUCCAACAAUUUUAAAAAAAUCUACAUUAGAAGAUGUCAAUCAGUACAUUUCAAGAAUAUUUGCCAUACCCAACUCCAAGGAAAGCAAAACAAAACAAAACCCCAGAGUUUGCUUCUCAUCUGUAAUUUCCAUUGAGUCUUUAUGGCAAGAGUAUAAUUAAUAUUCUCUCUCCAUAGUAUUGUACAUCGUUCACAGUUCUCGGUCAUAACCAAGCAUUGCCAACAGAGUAAAUGAUCCCAACAAAGUUAUUUCCAGUCCUAUCACCUUCAGAGCAGAUUGCUGUUUUUAGCACAAACUGCAUAGGGUUGGGUCACUUCAAAGCAUUUUUCCAUCCUGACUUGUAUUCCAUGCAGGGAAGCUGACAAUAGGUUUGGGGAAACUAGACUAUAGAAACCAUGCAGUUAGCUUUGAGGACUGAAUUCAUAAAAAGUGAAAUUUCACACAUCCCAACUUUCAGUUUCUAAAGUGAUAUAUUUUAAAGCUCCAUUUGUAUCUUCAUCUGCCAGUUACACAGUAUAUUACUGCUUAAACCGGGUGGGUCUGCAAUCCACAGGUGCUCUUGCAGCCUGACAUUCACAGACCAAAAUGGUCAUUAUCUUGAGUGUGAUGCAGUGAAACCUCAGCUAGUGUUCUGGGCAAUGAAAUUCUGAUUUAUUAAAUUUCUGAUUAAAAAGGGCUUUCAUUAGGAAACACUUUUUUGUUCAAUACUAUUAUUGGAAAUCUUUAUAAAAUAUACUGGUGUUUUUGCCGUCUUGGCCUCAGUCAUCAUUAUAGAUGACAGAAAUACAUAGUUUAGUGAUAUAAAAUCAAUACUUUUGACACUAAUUUGGUCAACUAAUAUAAGUUAAAGGAUUGUGUUAAUAGAUGUCAAACAUUUAUUCCACAUUUAAAACUCUAAAAAGUGGAAUAAAGAAUAUCCUUAACAUGCUAAGAGGUGUCUAUCAUAGCUCCACAGAAAGGUACUAGAGGCAAAGUGAAACAAGGACUCCUACUCUCAUUAUCUAACAUGAUUCUGGAAAGUUGGAGUCAUAGGAAUGUAUGUAAGCAUUUUCCUGGACCCAUCCUGUAAUAAGUUGUUUCUCCAAAAAUAAUCUUUUUUAAAAUUAUGGAUUUGGACUUUUUCUUCCUGACUGAUCAGAUCUUACUAGGUUUAUAUUUGUGUAAAUUCUUAAGAGUUCACUGUGUUUCUGGAGUCCAGGUUACUUUAAUAACCAAAAACAGUAUUUCUGUUUGUUUUUUAAAUUUCUUGUUUGAGAUAACACUUCCCUUGCAAUGUUCUCAGGAAUUUUGAGAAGAGCAAAGAUGAUUGACAGAAAAUGUACACUAGAAUAGUAUUUUUCAGAGUCCUUGAAUUUUCCUGAUUUCUUAAAAAGGCCUCUUUAUGAAUCUCCCAGAGUCCUGUAAACAGCCUGAGGGUAACAUAAUCUGACUUGGAAAUGUAGAUAUAACACAUAAAACUGUAUAGUGAAAAUAGUAAAGAAGCUGGAGGACAGGAUCUGGAAAACACUGACAAUUAAAUUUGCAAUGUACUAUUGUACCAUCAGUUUCAAUGACCCAGUUUUCUGAUUUUUUUGAACAAAUACUUUAUCAUUUCUGCAUUUUAAACCUGAAAGAGUGAAAUACAAGUUUUUUCUAGGAAUAAUUAAAUUCACUCCAAGUAGUAUUAAACUUAAUGAAUCUCUGAAACUCAUGAUACUAUUUGAUUUAACUUGUUCUACAGAAAGGUUUCUCAACAAUGUCACAUUAGCAUAAAAGUCUUUAUGGUGGAGCACUGUCCUAUGUACCAUAGGAUGUUAGUGACAUCCCUGGCCUUUGUCUACUAGAUGCCAGUAGGAACCCCCUAACAGUAACAAUCAAAAAUGUCUCUAACCAUUGCCAAAAUUACUUCUAAUUGAGAGCCACUACUGUAUAUCAUUUAAAGACAGAGAUUAGUGUGACUAUGUAACAUAUAUCUUGUUAUAAAACUGCAUAAUUGUAUAGUGUCUUACCAAGAUAAGUUACUAUACCCAAAAUUAUAUCUGUGGUUCAUAUGCAAUAAAAUGCAGUUUUUAGGGAAAGCUUGUAUAAAUCAGUGAACAAUUAUGGAAUAUUUUAAUGCACGCAGAAAAUAUCAAAAGGACAUUAUAGCAUUAUAGUGCAUAAAACUCCAGAUUCAAAAUGACUAGAUCAAAAGUUUAUAAUUGACACAUCAUUUGGAAGUAAACAGGUGCUUAUGAAGUGCUUGAAAAGAAUAAAAUUAUUUUAAGUAGUUUAAAUUAUUUCAAAAUUGUUUUUUAUAAGCUCUUAAUGUAAGGGUAAGUUCAUCCCACAAACUCCUGAUUAGUAGAAUCCAAAUUAAUGAGGUUUUACUGUAUCAAAAUUUUUAUAAUUCAAAGAGAUAGCAAUAACAAGAAUCUGAUGUGGAUGUGAUUUUCCUCUUCUGACAUUUCUGUUCUGUUGCACUGACCUUGGCGGGCAUAUAGGCACACACACAGGCACACAACCACCACCACCACCAUCUUAUCAUCAUCAUCACCUUAGAAAUGAAUAUAGUUGAUCCAUGUGAUCUUUUACAUCUACUCAUCUUUACUAUCUUUCCUCCACCUUGGAACGUAAGAAAUAUAUUCCCUAGUAACUUGGACAGUGACAAAAGAGAUGACUGGGAGCGUCUAUUACCAUUAAAAUCACGUUACAUUCUCUAAGGUGGCAGCAGAAGCUAAGUCAGACUUCAGUCUCAACAAGCAAACAUUAUCUCCCUAAAACUCCCUCAAGAGAUAAGUCCUUUUUAAUGUUCAAAAGAAAUAGGCAUUUCUUUCUUUUCAUCAAUGAGAAAUAGAAGUAUUUGUUUCCCUGGUUCUAGUAAUAACUAGAGCAAUAAUCCUUACUAACCUCGGGGUUUUGAAGGAGGCAUGAAUGGGUUACAUUUAUUUUAAUCCCCUACAAAGGAGUACUAUUGGCUUUGCUUUCUAUACCUUGCCAAGCCCCACACUUAGUGCCCCAGUCACCAUCAGGGUCGUUGUCUUAACUUUGGAAUGACAGUGACAGACCUGCAUUAGGCAUUUUCCAAUACUUCAGUCACAAAGAAAAAUUUAUUCAAGCCUUUGGGAAGAGAUUCUCAAGUUAAUAAAUUAAAAUCCAUGUCUAUAUUCCUCCAAGUUUUUAAAAGAAACUAAAGAAAAAGAAUUAGUGUCGGAAUCCCUUUUUAUGUAACCCUUGUAACCAGUAUUAAAGGUACUAUUUGUCUGUUAUCUACAUUACAGGAUCACCAAGGCUAUGAGAGAAUAAGGAAUAAGAUCUGGCCUAAGAUUAGUUGAAGAUGAAGACAGGUUAUUUGAAAAACUUUAAUCUAGAAAAGUAAAUAAGAAAUCCUCUCUUUUGCUUAGGUUCAUUGGAACAACCCUGGAAGGUAUCUGUGAUUUCAGCCAGCCCUAUGGGAAAAAAAGCAUGUUAAACUACCAUAUUGGUUUAGAGAAGGCAACGCUUGUAGGAGUCAGGACAUUAAUUUCAGGUCUUGCUCUUUGCAUAAGAGAAUGUGGUAGCCUUCACAGCUUCUUUUUCUCUGCCUUCUGUUGCCCAGUUCUAUUUUUGACUGGGUUUUAUUUCACAUGCACACAGCCCUAAGGGCCAGAAACACUUGUCAUGUACUUGACACAUUAUCUCUAAUAUGCACCACUCAAAGAAGCAUAGUUGUCAGCAUAACAAAUUUAGUGUUAACAGAUAACAUCCCUGAGUGGAAGAAAUGCAAAAUAGGUUAAGAUCAGACUUGGGGAAGGAGGAAGAAGAACCAAUUUGGUGCAAGGAAAUUGGGAUGAGGAGGGACAUGGGAGCGAGCAAAGUGGAAGAGGCUUUGAUGAGGAUUCAGAAGCAUGGGUAGAUGCCUUUAGAUAUAUGAUUCUCAAUCUUGUCUAUACAUAAGAAUCACCUGAGGAAAUUUCAAAAUUCCCAAUUAUAACAAAAUUCCUCCCAGUGAUGAACCAGAUGUAAGUACUUUCGAAAGUCCCAAAGGUGGCCCUGAUGUCCAGCCAAAGUUGACAACUGCUUUAUGGCCAACUAAGGACAGUAUGUUUGUCCACCUUGGCUGGUGUCUCAGCCGGCUUCUGAGUAGUCCAGGGAGGCAAGGGGUAAGAGAUACAGUGGUGACUGGGUUCGUAUUUAUUUUGUGUCUUUCACAGAACAAAAUAUUUCUGCCCAGGCAGGGCCUAAUUAACACUUAACACUUUGUGAUAUUUUCCUGUGUGACUUUCCCAUUAAUUAUUCUAAUUCAGACUUCUAGGUUUUUGAUUGUCUUACACAUCUGAUGCACUGGAUCAUAGUAAAUGCAACAGCAUAAUAAAGCUAACUAGAAAACUAAUUGUCAAUAUUUGGACAGUGGGAAUUCUCAAAACAGUCAUUUACUAUAUCGGGUACAAAUUUCUUAUGGAAGGCACAUGGAUACCAGGUGUUCUGCUACAGGUAUAUUUUAUUUGACUUGAUAUUAGCAAAGAGGGAGAACAACUCUUCUUUUUUUAUAUGAUAUUAUCUUAAAAGUUCCCAGGGCCAUUGGAUUUACUUUCUUAUUUGUUGCACAUGUUUAAAGGGGAAGGAAUGCCUAUAACUUACUAUGUCACCCCCAAUGCCUUGAAAGAGUCUUUUAUUCCUUCUAAGAGGGAGAGCCCAGCCUAUCAAAGGCAGUGUUACCAAUGAGAAGACUCCAGUUAUCCCCUCUCAUACUGCUUCCCUUCUGGUAUUGGCCCACUCUUUUCAACUUCAAAGCCAGAAAAUAAAGUAGGAGGUGGUUUUGGAAAUUGUACACAGAAUCAAAAUAUCUAAUAACCUAUAAUUUUUAGUACUUAAUUAUGUGAUGUUUUAUUCUAGGAAAUAAGAAACAGAUAACAUCAUUGAUGUAUCUUUCUUUCAUCUUCAGAAUUUUUGCAUCUUUUCAGAAAAUGACAAAUUACUAUUUUUCUGUUGCACUCAGCAAUUGUGACUAUACUUAACAAAGUUCUUGUAGUAUGUAGAGAUACCAAUAAAAUUGUAUAUGUUUGUAAAUAGAUGCUCUCUUAUGUCAUAAUAUCAUGCUCUGAUAGUAAUUUUUUCCAACAUUAAAUAUGGACAGAAGUGAGACUUUCUCUCAUAGUUCACUCUGAACUAUAAUUUUGCUUAGUAUUGUUUUUAAAAAAAAGCAGGGAAGGGGUGGGAGAACAUUCAUUGUACAGCAUAUUUACUUAAAAUUAAGAGAAAGGAAUAACUAGACGCAAAUUCCUAAAAUGCAGGUUUUACUAAAGUUUAUUAGUCCAAAGGGUGAUAGUAGCCAUUCAUAUUUCCAGCAGUUAGGUAGAUAUGGAACUUUUUACUGGAAGGCUAAUUUUUGUUAAUGUGAAGGGAAAAGAGAAAGACAGAGCUUCUAUCUACUAAUGCACUCCCUAAAUGCCCACAAUGGCUAGGGCCCAGAACUCAGGUCUCCCAUGUGGGGGGCAGGAACACUAUUACUUCAGCCAUCACCUCUGCUUCCUGGGUCUGCCUGGACUUGGGAGCCAGGGCCAGGUAAACAAACCCAGUUCUCUGAUGGGGGCCGCAGGCGUCUUAGCCACUAGGCUAAACACCCACCCCUAUUGGAAGGCUUUAAAGACAACUUUUGAGGAUGAACUAUACCCUUGGUGAAGUACAGUAAAAAUAAAUUUGGUAGCAGUUCAGCAUAACAAACUAAGGUAGAAUAAGAUGAGCCUACACACUCAACACAGAAACCUUGUUUCCUCACUAAAAUCUUUUCUGUUCACGCUUUAACCAUCAGCCAAGCAAAACGAUUGUUAUUAUGGCUUCAGCCUACCACCUAGCGGUCAUAGGGAGCAUUCGUUACCCCAGGGCCUACAGUGUGUGCUUCUAAGCUCCUCUAGGUUGCCUCAGCAUAGCUAAAUGCUCUUCAGAGACCUUAACUCACUUCCAUUAUACUUCCAAAUCUCGAUUUCUCAGGACAUUUGUCCUAGUUUUUGUUUCAUAUAAAAAUUGAAAAAAAUUCCACUAACCAACCCUACGCUAAAAUAAUGGUUUUCGGUUUAAAGUUCAAAUGUAAAGACAGAUCCCGUAAGAUGCCAGUCUUCUUUUUAGAAUUGUCUCAAAAGGAUCCAUUUAACCUCCUCAUCUUUUAGUACUCAGGCUUCCCACACACCUGCAUUCAACAUUUAAAGUACUGACUUGACCUCCUCACUGUCUUCCGCCUUCUGUCCUCCCCUCAUUCCCUUCCACUCAGUCCAAAAGUCAACCAGGCAGCCCCACAGCACCACUCUUUGUGUUAGGUGGACAGCCCAGAGGAGGCUGCAGUUGGAAGUGGCAGGAUCGGCCUUUCAGUGGUCAGUAAUGGGGGGCUGUGAGUCAGUGCUGGACAAGGACAGCAAGCAGACCAGUGGGAUCAGGAGCAAAUCUGUGGAUGUGGGAGUCAGAUUUCCCAGUGCAGAAUGGAGAAGGCAGUUCUGGUUGUGCUGUUGCACAGCAGGGUGACUAAGGCUAAAGGAGGAUGUUCAGUGUUCUCACCACAAAACAGAGAGAAAUGUUUGCAGUGAUAUAUAUGCUGAUUACCCUGAUUUGAUCACUCUACAAUGUAUUCAUGUAUCAAAAAAUUCCAUGGUACCCCAUAAGAACUUACAAUUAUUGACAAUUAAAAAUAAAACAUUAUUAAAAAGGAAAUGUUAGAAUAAACCCUGAAGUGUUAGAUUAGAAUUAGAACUAUCAAUGUGUGCUGUACACACACACCCACUCACACACAUUCACCAGAGUACUUCAAAAAGUUCAUGGAAUGGAAUUUUUAUUGUGGUACCAAAAUCUUUGAAAUUCAUGCACACACACAGGCAACGUGCACACACACACACAAGUUUCAAAAAGUUCAUGGGAAUACGUGUUAUGAAAAAACUGAGGCAGGCUUUUGGUUUUGCUGUUAGGAGGCACCUGCUCCAUAUCAGAAUACCUGGGCUCAAGUCCUGGCUGCAGCUCCCAAUUGUAGCUCCUUGCUGAGUCACACCCUAGAUGGCAGCAAGUCAUGGCUCAAGUAUUUGUGUCUCUGUCACCUACAUGGGUGACUCGGAUUCGUUCCCAGUUUCUGGCUUCAGCUCCAGCCCAGCCCUGGUAACUGGGGAUAUUUGGGGACUGAAUCAGUGGAUGGGAGGUUUCUCUGUGCUCUCUCUGCCUCUCAAUGUUUAUGGGAAAAUGGAAUUAACAGAUAAUUUUUAAAAACAUGUAUCAUGAUCAUGCAUGAAUUUCAAAAAUUCUUGCACCAAAAUAUACUUAUCCUAACUCCCACCUUCCAUGAACUUUUCGAGGAUUCACACACACACACACACACACAUACACACACACGGAGCAGGGGCUGUCUCAAAAAGUUCGUGGAAAAUACAUCAAUUUUACUUCCUAUGAACUUUUUGAAGUAUCCUCGUGUGUGUGUCUAUGUUUAUAGAACAGAGUGGACCAGGAGCAACCCUCCAGGAGCAAUUGGCACAGCUAGUGCUUGGAUUCUGAUUUCUAAAUACUGUUUUCUGCUGAAAGGAACUACAGCUCCUGGAAGAAAUCGCUGAUUUCAACACUGAAUAUAUUUUUGUCCCAGAGAAAAUAUUCAAGCAAUGACUCCGAUUUGUCAAAAGACACAGAAGGGCCUGCACAGACUAAAUCAGGUAUAAUUUCCACAUCAAAAAUAAUGACAGUAAUGGAAUAAAAUAGGUACCACCAAGUCCACACUGAUACAAGGAAAAAAGAAAGCUCUUCCCUACAGAGCACCAAAUAACAAAUGCUGAUGAAAUUUUUCAGUUACCAUUUGGCAACCAUUACAGUAAUAAUCUGAGCAAUAAAUACCAAUGGAUCCUAAAACUAGUAGGGUAAAGUGCGAUGGAAAAAUGGCAUUUACAUAAUCUCAAAGUAUUCUCACUAAAUACAGUUGUCAAUCAUAAACAAAUGUCAUGUAUAUGUCAUGUAGAGAAACUCAGACACCAUCUUAUUUCAGUGAUCAAAGUUACCACCUCCAGAAAUGGCACAAACCCACAUCAGGAGCACCACCACUGCAACAGGCACCAUCGGGGUCGAAUCAUGAGGAAAUCAUGGAUGAGAUGAAAUUGAGGGACAUCUGACAAAAUGGCUGCCUUCUGUUCAAAAUGUUCAGUGUCAUGAAAGCUAAGGGAAAAAUGGAUGCUCCAUUUUUAGGGAAGACUAGAGGCACAGCCACAGUGUGAUCUUGGAUUGGACACUUUUGCAAUAGUUGGAGCAAGGAACAAAACAUGACUAAUUUUCCAUUUGACUGGGAUUCUUUGUUCCAAUUUUUAACUUUUACUUAGGUUUGAAGUCAUUUCAAAAAUCAAAUAAUUUUCUCAAUUUUGGUGAAUUAGUUGCACUUCAAUGUCGUUGUUUUCUAUCUUUGACAAUCAUUAAACAUUUUCUUUUAAAGUUGUGUUUUAAUUACACAAAUAAUACAUGAAUAAUGUGUUUGUAAUAGCCAUAUAAUAAACUUGGACAAGAUAAAGUGAAUGUUUUCCUUGGUCAACUCCUACCCUUAUCUAAAUUAACUGAUUAUUACUUAAUGCGUUUCCAUUUCUCUAUGUUGAAACUUGCUCAUUCAUGUACCUACUGUCUUAGAUAUCUAUCAGUGUCAGUACUUGUAAUUCAUUCUUUUCAACACACUUGAAUUACCCCAAGGUGCCAAUAAAAAGUAAUUUGUUACCAUUCCUCUACAAAAGCAUGUAGCUAUUUUCCAAUUUCUUCAUAUUGUAGAGGACUGCAUAGGCAUUUUACAUAUGCACAAAUUCAUCUCUAGGGCACUGUUAAGUGGGAUUGCUGAGUCAAAGGGCAUGCUCAUUUAAGCCUUUUAAAUAGAUAUUGCCAGUUGAACUAUUCUUCACCAGUAUGUAAGGAUUACUAUUUCCUUACCUAUGCUUAUCCUCAAAUAUUAAUAUUUUGUCUACCAUAAUUUUUCUACCAUAUGAAAAGUGAAAAUGACAUCUUAUUUAGUUGGAAUUUUUCUAAUAGUGAAAUUAAACACUUUUACUUUUUAUCAGACACUAUUUCUUCCUUUGUGACUUGUCUGCUCAUAUUUCUUGACCAUUUUUUUCUGAAUCAUCACGUUGCCACCAAACUACAGAAGCAGGCUGGGCCCUGAAAUCCAAGAUUUGGUUUCAGAUGUUGCAACGAUGACACCAUACACACCAUAAGAGGACCUGAGCAGGUUUAUUACUCACACAAGCCUUUUUGCAGAGAGCAGGGCAGCUUGAGAGAACAAGGAAGAGACUGACUUGGGGGUUUUAUUGUGACUAGGGGAGUGUACCAGGGUUUGCAGGAAGAGGCUUGUGUAGUUUGAAUCUCCUGCUGGCACCAAAAAAGGGACAAUCCCGGGUUUCUUCUCAGCUUACCCUGGUGUGGGCAUAACAGGAAUUGCAAGUGUGAGACUGAACACUUCUCUGCUAUCAGAAGAUGGAGUAAACUCUUUACCAACAUAAUGUAUUAUCAUAACUCUAGGAAUUAAUGUCACUUAUUUUCCAUAACUAAUUUUUCCUUGCUUUUGAGUCUUCACAGUUGUGCACAUCUCCCUCUUCCUCCUGGCAAGACUCCUGGCUUCUGGGUGUAAAGGAAUAGCAGACCUCAUGGCCAGGACAGAGUGCUGCUCUUCAUCUUCCUGGUGGGUCCCCCAGGGCUCUGUUCUGCCCAUGAGCCCCUCUUGCUGACAAAGACUGAAGGUACAGUGGUGAGUCUGUGGUCAGCUUUCUUGUUUGCAGCAUGGCCCCAUGCCCUUGCUUGCUUAAUUAGGUCUUGCCAUACCAUGGGUCCCUUCUGAAUUUUCUAUCAUGCCUGGGCCCCUCAGACUGUUGAGUGUCUUUGAUGAUUCAACUUUAUUAAUAAUUUUAUUUUCUCAGCCGGCGCCGUGACUCACUAGGCUAAUCCUCCGCCUAGCGGCGCCGGCACACCGGGUUCUAGUCCCAGUCGGGGCGCCGGAUUCUGUCCCGGUUGCCCCUCUUCCAGGCCAGCCCUCUGCUGUGGCCAGGGAGUGCAGUGGAGGAUGGCCCAGGUGCUUGGGCCCUGCACCCCAUGGGAGACCAGGAAAAGCACCUGGCUCCUGGCUCCUGCCAUCGGAUCAGCGCGGUGCGCCGGCCGCAGCGCGCCAGCCGCGGCGGCCAUUGGAGGGUGAACCAACGGCAAAGGAAGACCUUUCUCUCUUUCUCUCUCUCUCACUGUCCACUCUGCCUGUAAAAAAUAAUAAUAA